UUCUCGUCAUGAGAUGUUCUCAGUAAUGAAGACUUCAAGUACUGCGUCUUUUCUUGUCUUCAACCCACUAUUUUUGUUGUCAGGGUUAUUUACCUUUUUGAAAACAGCGUGACAACUGUAACGGAGGUGAGGCCAGUAUCUCAAAGAUAAGCGGAUUGUAGUUGUUCCAAUCAGCAUCAUGCAAUGAUGAAAACCCACUCAAUAACAAUCUGGUAAACUACCCAAUCAGAUAUUAAUACUCCACGAUAUGAAUUAAAGAGAAAUUUACUUCUGAUAUCAUUACUUAUGAUUUUAGAUUUCCACGGAAAAGGUAAAGAUUUUCAAUAUAUUUUGAGGCAUUUGUUUUUACUUUGGGUCACUGAGCGUAAUGAAUUUUAUAAUUUUAGAGUGUUGGUGAAACAUUAUGUAAAUGCAUUUACUACGCUUGAAAACAUUUACUGAGUGGAGACGUGAGAACAUUAAAUGAGUUCAAAGCAAUAUUUGGCGGUGAACCUGGAAGAAUUUUAGCGCUUUUUGACGUCAGGGAAUAGGCCCAGUGUCGGUUCUGAAAUGGUAGCUGUAACAUUGAAAGUGCUAUUGAAAAUAUUGGGAAUGAAUCAUUGCUUCAACCUCAACGUUGAUGAAAGACAAAUUUCCUAAGAGGCCCUUGUGACGUCACGGCCUUCACUCGAGGGCUGCUGCUAAUCGAAAUAAAUAUGGCUGACCGUCGGCGAGUGCGGCUGGAAUGCUCGGAUGGAUCCGUUUUCACGUACAGAGAAUUGUUCGUUUGACUGGGGUUAUCUUCGCUAAGGUAAAAGCUGAAAACGAGCUCAAUAUCAAGGCUUUAAUAUUAUAGGCAUGGAUUUGAGUGAGUGAUCAUUUUGAGAUGAAUGAAACGGGCUCGCGAUCUAGUGCCGGAAUGACUUCACCACGACAUCCAACGCACCAAGCCGUAAUGGAUAGACUGCGGCAACGUUUCAGCCAGUACCGAAAGCGGCACUAUGACUGCCAGAAACAAUAUGCAGAGUCACUGCCAGCUGUUCAGGACAUGGAGAGACAAGAAGCACUGAAUUUGCACAAACGUGCUUUAGAUAGCCGCAAUAGGAUGAUGAACAUGAACGGGAAGACAUCAAAACAAAAUGACGGCGAAGGCAAAGUAGAACAGCAACAAACAGCAAACGGAUUUGAAAAGUCAACUAAUGCUAUCUAUCAAAUACGCGAGCAGCAAAUCCUAUUGAAGAAGAGAAAACACGAACAGAAUAUGAACAGUACACAGAAUUCGUACGUGGAAUCGAAUGAUGACAACCUAGGAGGGGAGUACAUGAGCAAGCUCCAGAGACAUGAUGGUGUUUUGCAUGUUUCGUCGACAGAGGGACAAAAUACUGUCGUUUCGGUUAAUCAACCACACCGGAUAACACAUGCUCCAAGUCAAGUGCAUCAACCUAAUUUCAAUCCCAUUUCAAUCCACGAAACUGUCGGAACAGAAACGUACGCUCGUAGUGGAAGCCACAGAUUGCCGCUUGAUUUUAAGCGAGAGAAGGGUGCGAUCGAUUCUUGCGAUGAAUCUACGCAUUCUGAAAAUGGCCCGGGAACUGUGGUUAACGGUGAAGACUACAUACGACAAGAGCUUAUCCAUUUUGAAAACGUAAUUAAACGCUUUAAUGAAGACAGUGCACCUGCCACGUCGCAAUCAAUGCACCCAAGUGUAGGUGACAGAGCUUCACUGAGUGGUAUCGAUGACAAAAAGAAGCACCCACAAUCUCUUCAAUUGAAAGAAAUUGCCAGGAAGUCACAGUUUGCUCAGGCUCAGCCUGUAAUGUCAUUUGGGGAAAGCCAAGAACGACCUAAACAACACUCUAGUCAGUAUCCUGUUGGCCCAACAGGCCAACAGUCCCCUGGUUUACGGCACCCCUACACAGCAGGUAAAUACCCUGAAGGUUUGUCAGUCAUUUCAAAUAAUCAGCGACAAUUACCUAGGCAGUAUCAAAUGGCUCUGUCAUCGCAGUCACCAUUACAACAACAACAACAACAACAGCAACCACAACCAUUUUAUGGUUUUCAACAGGACAGCUUACCAAAACUCACCCACAUGCCUUCACAAGUCCAACAGCUGUUCACUCAUAAAUUUCAAAGUCAACCAGUUAUUUCAUCGUCAUCACAGGUGGCAGGAUUAAGAGGACCAGUUUCUUCACAUGACAUGACAAGAUACACCAUUCCUCGAUCACAAACACAAUAUCAGCGUCAAAAGUCAAUGCCACCAUUACAAAAUCAACCCUACUCAAACUCUGACUCACAGUACCAACAACAAGUUGGUAGUUACCAGGGAGACCUAUCUGGAUUUUCAGAUCAAACCAAUACUUACCAUUAUCAGCGGAGAAACUCUUUUCCAAUUUAUCAUCGUACAAAUAGCCAGCCACAAGAAAAUUUCUCACGUGGAAUGCAGCACACUUUGGGAUCUAAUCAAGCAAGUCUUCUAAGAGGUGUUUUACAAACUCCUUCCCAAAAUGUUGUAGAUGAUAGAGAUUCUUACUUGAUGAAUUCCAACAUGAGUUUUUCAUCAUCAUCAUCUCCGCAAACAGUACCAUUGUUAACCAGAAGGACACCCUCUUCUAAUGGUGAUCUAAACACAGUAGCUCCUGGCUCACAACAUUCAUCAAUGAUGUAUAGAGGAAGUAUUCAACAACAACAGCAGUCUGAUUCAGUAUUACAACAGGGAAGUGAAUUUCAGACUUCUUCUGUGCCCCUCAGAGAAAUGACUGAGCGAUAUUCAUCUGUGACGGAGGGUGAUGCACAGUAUGGUGGGAUCCCGCCUCUAAGUUCACUUGAUAAAGCACCUUCAUUUACAUCUCUACUUGAACAGUCAGCCAUUAAUCAAGGGAAUCUAGAAACAACUUACACAGGAUCAAUACCUAACCUAGAUUUGCUUGGUGAACUCUUAGGUUAGUGAUACUAAAAGUAGAAACAUACCAGUUUGUUUUUUUUUCUUUAACAUUUAGUUAAUCAAGUUAAGUUUUAUUCCUGUGGGGAAAAGGGGGCUUUUAUGACCCCACAUUCGAACAGAGUAAAUGUUUUUAACAUCUGACAUAUUUAGUGUUUUUGGGAAAAUAAUUUCCAUUAGAGAACCUUUUUUUAAUUGAAAACUUUUUUUUUUAUUUGAUGUUUUGUUUCUAGGUUGUUUAAGAUUCUCAUUUUUUAUGCUCCAUCAUUUAACACAAUUACUUCAGCAGCAACCACCAAGUGUUUUUCUUUUAGUUAUCAGGAAAGUUGAUAAAAAAAAGAAAGAAAUUGAGAAUUGUCAGAACCCAUCUCAUUGAGGGAAUUUUUUUCGGUGGUCCAGGUUUCUUUUCAUGUUGUAUGGCAGAGACUUUAUCACCAAGUUUGGUUCUCAAGAUUUCAAGCUUGUACAAUGCACAAUUUUGUCUACUGAAUGGUGAUUUGAAUUAUUAAAGAAAAAUAGGAUUGAUGUUGUGCAAAUAAAUGGUCAUGGUUGCCACAGGACAGGGAAAAGGUGGGAAGUUAACUUUGACUUGUGGAAAUUUUACAUCUUUGAAAAAAGUCAGGAAAAAGUGUAAUUUUAAAUAAACAAGAAGUUGGUCUUGGCCCUGAAGAAAGAUGGUGACACUUUCUUUAUUGUGAUGUUGACAUUACUCAUGUACUUUGGCUAAUACAGUUGAUAGAUUCCUGACCAACAUGUCCUUUCCCUUUGUAAUAUUCAAGUUGGUGUGUGAAUGAAAUCAUACAUUUUCUUUUUCUGUUUUCAUUGUUUCUAAUAUUUGAAAUUCUUAGGUGUGUUUUGUGGACUUGAAAGGUGUUGGAUUGGUAGUAUGUUGUUUAACAUAUUUAGUGUCAUCUCAAGGGGCUAUCCAUUCAUGUACACUGUAUGUGAUUUGUGAAAAGCAUAAAGGUAUGGGUGGAGAGAGUGGCUGUGAGGGGAGGUUGCAGGCCAUUAUGAGGGCUGGUUUGUGAAAUUGUGAAUUCGUUUGGUCUGGUAAAUUUAUGUUUCUUAGGGGAAAAGUCAGAGAAUUUCCAAAUUCUGUGACUGUGGCAACCAUGAUAACGGCAAAUACUUUUAAGGUGAUACUCAGACUCUGCUGUAUUUCUAUAGUAAAUUUCAAAAUUCUUGAGGAAAGUAUAUUUAGAACAACCACAUGUACUGAAGACACCAUUUACAUGUGACAUAAGUGUUAAAAAGCAGCAAGUUAGUCUGAGUAAUUUAUACAUUUGUAACUUGAUAUGCUAUAUCUGUUUAUCUUCCUUUAAGUUUUUAUCAUAUAUCCGACAAUACCUAUAUUUUACUUCAACUUAUUUUUUUUUUGGUUAGUGCCUAAAAUACAAAUAUAUUUCUUGUGCUUCCCUUGUAAUCCUGGGCAUAGCCCAAAAUACUAAUUCAGAAAACUUUUUAUUUAGCUUUUACUUCUUCAAAAUAUUAUGGAGUCUGAAAGUGUCGUCUGCAAUUUUCUGUAGCUAUUCUAAAUUGUUUCCUAUUUCCUUGAUGUAAAGUGCCAUGUUAUGAGAAUAGAAAACAAGCCAUUGCCCAAAAUUAACUGUUGUUGCAAUAGACAAAAAAAUUAUGUCACCCCCUAUUUUCCUGGGUAACCUGGGGAGGAAAUUACUCAGUAAACGUUAAGCUUUGUUUUUGUUUUGUUUUGUUUUUUUCUUACAUGUAAGAGUGCUCAUAGGUGGAGAAAGCAUUUAAAAGAGUCUUGGCAUGGUUUCUGAAAGACAUGUAAUUUUACUUUCAUCAACAUAGAUUUCAGUGAAAUGGAUGCAGCUUAAGGCCUUUAACACCUGAACUCAGUUUUUAAGUUAUAGUGUAUACAUAGUUUGGGCAUUUGUAAAGGCUUAUGGAUGUGGAAAUUUGUUUUAGUUGUGUUUGUCUGUAGAGAGGUGGUGGAUUAAUGUAACAAAUCCUUGAAGGGAUAUCCCAAAAUUGUACAAAUGUCUUUGACAUAAAUACAUUGAGCCUGUUCAUUUGAAAUUUGCUUAUUGCAAGAUGGUUUUGGUCUGUCUCUCGCCAAUAUGUACAGGGAAAACUACCUGUGGAUGUGCGUAAAUAAAUACAAGUCAUGUACACCUAGUGGCCCAUACUUCUGGAAAUUGUGCUUGUUUCCAUAAGAAUAAGAAACUUGGAAUAUUGCUUCUUUUCCCUUUAUGUGAAUUUGCCAGUAGAUUUCAAUAGAUUUCUGGUACCAUUUGAAAUCCUGGAUUUAGAGGAGCACUCUGAUUGUGAAGUAACUUGUCUACAAACCUUAUGUGGGUACGAACCCGAUGUGAUGAGAGGCCAGAAUUUCAAUCUGAAACUUUCAAUCUGAAGUCUAGCAUGCUGGCCAUAAGGCUGCUACAUUUCCCAUUUUAUAAGAGCAAAUUCCAUUGAUGCUUAUCACAAAUGGUGAAUUUUUCAGGCUGUUUCUGUACUAAGAAGGAUUGGGAAUUAAAAUCUUUCGUUGGAAGUGGUUGGUUGCUUAUGUUGUUGAAGAUUUUUCUUUUGGGUGAUGGGUGAGUUAUUUUAUGUGAAAUCCAUUUGAUUUUUAUGUUCGUAGUUAAAUCCUUAACAAGAAGCUACUAGUGGCACCUCUGGUUGUGAAAUGUGUUUGAUUUCUAUGUUCCUAAUUAAAUUACCCUAACAAGGAAGUGCAAGUGGCACUUUUGAUUGAGGGACUCUGUUGUAGACUUAUUUUUUUUAUUACAGAAACAACUGUGAAGCUUUUAAGAAAAUGAUGUGUAAAUAAAACCAAUUGAGAAUUUGUUUUGAACAAAACUCAAUUAUGUGAUUUCUUUCAUCAUUUGAAAGAUAUCUGUAUAUAUGUAUAUUCUACAUCUGUGGCAUUACUGGAAUGUAAUUGUUUGUCAGAAUACAGUAUAAGUAUGCAUACAAGAACCUGCACCUUUUUCAGUUAGGUUCUUGAAUAAACAGUAUUUACUUGGAGGUUAGACUAUUUAGGUUUAUGCAACAGGUUCUUAUUUUUGUUUUUUAACUUGAUUCUAGUAGUACCAUCUUUUUCUCAUCAACAAAAGACAACUUUGUGUAAUUACAGUUUUGUACAAUAUCUACAUGUGUGUAUAUGCAAAAACCAAAUGAUAGGGAUUUUACAGGAAGUGAUGUGAUCUUUGCUUGUAAUUUCCAAAGUCUUGCAGCCAAGAAGGUUUACAUGAUCCAACAAAAUCUGACUUCUAGUUUCAAAUUGUCAUACACUUGGCUUCAACUUCAAAAGAGUUUAAGGCAUGUUUCUGAGGUCGUACACUGAAAAUCAUUACGGAUUGGCAACAAAAAAAUCUGCAGGCUAACAUUUAUAAAGGUCACAUCAGCUAAGUCACUUUUACUGUCAUUGAAGGAUAACCACUUUAAUAAAAAGAAACACCCAUCUUGAGCAAUUACCACUCAUUAGAGAGGUUUAUUGGACCUCAGCUUUUUAGAUUACAACUUCAUGGCCUCAUUGAAAGGGUAAUGUUCAGAUCUAAAUGUCACAUUUGUUGUACACUGUAAUGGGAUUGAAUCACUGUAAUUAAAUUACUAUUUUGUUA